AUGAUUUUACACAUAGGUAAAAGGGGCUUCAGGGCGCAGAGGACAUAUGAUUAUCUUUACGAUCCAGUUUUCACCGUGUCGGCAGAGACUGAUCACAUCCAGGAGAGCUAUAAGGCUAGGGAAAGCGUGGACUAUGUGAUAAAGGUUCCAGAGUUUAACUCCAUGUUCAGUGAGCUCCCUCACUACCCACAUUUCACACUCCGUCUGAACCCUGUUGAUCCCGUUCCUUCUUUUAUCGACCGCCGUUGGAGAGGACAUGCUGAGCAGAGGAGAGAGACACUUUCAGGGGCGCUGCCUGGUGUUCAGCUGCACAAACCCAAAUCUGAGGACGUCACUGGAGAAGACCGCUGGAAGUUCUUUAAGCGACCACUCGUCCGCUUUGCUCAACAGAUUCCAGAUGAUGUUAUUUUCGCAUUAACCAAGACUGACUCCCACAUUACUCAGCAGGAUAGCUCUGAGCGGAUGGAAAGCUUGUUCCAGCGCACAGUAGGGAUUCAGACAGAUUACAGAGAGAGCGAGGCUCAGACUGAUCCUUUCAGCCCUGAGUACAAACUACAUCCAGGAGCAGAUAUUCCAGAAAUCCUCUCUCUGGCCACUUUCUCUUGGGGUCAUGGGCUUCCUGCUGGUCUGGAUGAGGUGGAGAUGAUAGAAAGAGCGAGACAGAAGAGGGUGUGGGAGGCCACGCUGCCACCUCUGAGUGAUCCCACUCAGCUGGACAAGAGGAAGAGGAUGAUAAAUGAGAUGGAGGCAAAGGAGUGGGCUUUCAGGGAGCAGGAGAUUGAGAAGCUGCAACAGACUCGUUUGGCUCUUCUCGUGCGAUUUUUACAGGAGAGAGAGUCAAAACAGAACAAGGCCACAGUGCAUCGGCUGGAUGAGCAUUUUUCCAAGCUGCAGAGAGAGAAAGAAAAAAGACUUCAGAAAAUCCGCAAUAACUACGCACUCUCUAUUCGGAAACUCAUGGCAAAAAGAAAGAUGUUGGAAGGUAAGCUGACGAGGCAGGACGUUAUCACCGAGCACUUGGAUUAUGGGUCUCAGAUGUACGCGCCACUCUUCCCCCACGGAGACGUCCCUGAUCGACACUCACAAAGCGACGUCAUUAAGAGCCACCUCUUCGAUACUUACGAAGAGCUGUUAGAGCUGGAGGCAGGUCUUCCACCUUCAGUCCAGGAGCCACAAAUAAAAACUCAAAGGCCAAAGAAGAUCAAAGGCUUCAUCCGUCGCUCAGACCGCAGAGAAUUUGAUUUACUGAAGACUUACCAGGCACUGAAAGACAAGAAGGUCCAGGUGGAGGAAAAGAAACCUCUGCGCUUCCUUUAUAGGGUGGAGAAACCAGUCCCUCGUCCCCCAACGCCUGAGGUGGACGUGCCUCCUGAGGGACACGAGGAAAAGGAGCUUGCUGUCAUUUUUCUACAGAAGCUGAUCCGAGGAACAGCCAUUCAGAACCAGAUGCUGGAAGGUGUAGAGAAACAUCUGGAGCUGAUCCAGGAGAUGCGCACGACCCACAGCCUACAGCAGGAGGAGCAAGAACUCCAGAGAGCAGAUAAACAGGUCACACAGGCCCUGCAGAGACAGCACGAGCUCACUGAGAGCAGGACGGCUCAGAUACAGAGCUUUGUAGACGGCCUUUCAGGGGAGGUGAUUGCCGACAUGCUGGACUUCCUGUCGAAGGAGCUGGUUCGCUUGCAGGAGGAAAGAAGGAUCCAUGCUUACAUGCUACUGGCAGAAAGGGACCGGCGCCUUCGCGAGGCUGAAGAGAGUGGAAGGAGACAGGUGGAGGAGCGGAGACGGAGAGAGGAGGAUGAGAUCUUCAGACAGGUGAUGAAGGUGCACCAGGCCACAGUGGAUCUCUACCUUGAGGAUGUGAUCCUGAACAGCAUCGAUCAAACAGCCGAGGCUCAGGCCAGAGAAGAGAUCCACCAGUUUGCAGAGGAGCUCAACAACAUCACCUAUGCCAUGGAGGAAAUGAGAAACAAUGAGCAGUCAGAGGAGAUUGUAGCUCAACUUGUCUACAGCUUCCUCAUUCCUGAAGUACAGAAGGUCGCUGUCCGUGAGAGAGUGAAGCAGAGUCAAAGGAGGCACUUGCAUGCAGCCCAUGCCCUCAUCCAUGACACUGAUAGCUCGUCCACGAGCCCUCGGCCCCUUUCUCCCGCAAGCAGAGCCUCCACCUCAUUGCUCUCACAGAUAGUCGAGCAGGUGGAGGAGGCUUCACACAACAGCGAUCCGGAGAACGAACACACAGAUUAGCUACACAGUGUAGCUAGAGAUUUAUGGAUAUCUGACCAUCAUGCCUGUAUUUCUUUCAGUUUCUGGAUUUUGUUCCUUUUUCUGUUAAAAUAACCACCACUAUUUCUGAGAAGCUUUUCCUCUAGAUA